CAUUUGGAAUCUUCAGAGAGAAAAGAGAGAGAAAAACAUAAUUUACCCAUUACACACUCUUUAGACCCUCCUCAUCCAAAUUCUCUCUUUCUCUCUUCUUCAUUCAUUAAUCUAUCAACAUGAAGAACAACAAUGGUAACACAAAGCUAAUUCUUCUCCAUCCUUAUAUCCAAAAACAAGGAAGCUCCAAUCGUCUUUGGCUUCUAGCUUUCAUUUCUUUCUUCACUCUAGCUUUCCUUCUCACCCUCAUCUACACAAGAGAGUCAACGGCCACCACAACCGCUGCCACCGCCUUAACCGCCACAGCCAUCGGCACUUCCUCUAAUUUCAACAACGGAGCAUUGCCAACGACGGUUAUCAAUACUCUCCUCCAUUACGCAUCCAAAUCAAACGACUCUUUCCACAUGCCGUACGCCGAGCUCAAACCGAUCUCGGACGUCCUUCGAAAAUGCUCGUCUCCAUGCAAUCUGCUGGUUUUCGGCCUCACACACGAAACUCUUCUCUGGAAAGCUCUAAACCACAAUGGCCGAACAGUUUUCAUCGACGAGAAUCGCUACUAUGCGGCUUACAUUGAAGAAUUGCAUCCGGAAAUCGAUGCAUACGACGUCCAUUACACGACGAAGAUGAAGGAAGCGAAGGAUCUCAUGGCUACAGCAAAGGAACAGAUAAGGAAUGAAUGCAGGCCAGUGCAGAACCUUUUGUUUUCUGAGUGCAAGCUCGGACUCAACGACUUGCCUAACCAUGUCUAUGAAGUGGAUUGGGAUGUGAUCUUGGUCGAUGGACCCCGAGGCGAUUGGCCCGACGCACCCGGUCGUAUAUCGCCGAUAUUCACGGCCGGCGUGCUUGCGAGGAGCAAGAAAGGCGGGAAUGCGAAAACGCAUGUGUUCGUGCAUGAUUUCAGAGAGGGUUUGGAGAGGGUUUAUGGGGAUGAGUUCUUGUGCAGAGAGAAUUUGGUUGAAGAGACUGACUUCCUUGGUCAUUACGUUGUGGAGAAAAUGGAUGAGAAUUGUUUUCAGUUCUGUCACAACAAGACGGAAUCAGCAACAACUUCUUCUUCUUCUUCUUCAUCUUAGUCGUCAAUGUUUUUGCAAAAAAAGCAAUAAUCAUCAUAGUGGUAAUGGGAUUGGGGGUCUCAAUGGCAUAAAGAAGUAAAAAAAAAACAUUGGAGUUAUUUAUGAUCGUUUUGUUCUUUUUAGAGAACUAUUUCUUUUUCUUCUUCUUCUUCUUUCUUCUUCUUUCUUGUGUUGUGGACUGGAAGGGGCAUGUAAAAAAUAAUUCUUUUUUAGCAAAUUAUUGCAAACUCUUGUAUACCAAAAAAAAAUGAAUUGAAAAUAUUGAUGAGUUUCAAAA